AUGUCCAACAACUCUGUCCCUCUUCUCGCUCCGAGUUUCUCUUUCUCUCCUCUCCUCUGUGCCGCGUGCGUGUUUAGCUCGCCAACCCUUCCUGUCUUCCCCAGAGUUCCAUGCCCCGUUCUUGGUGUUUUGGGGGGGGGGGGGAGGGGGGAAGCCCUAUGCGUGUCCGGAUAUCUUCGUGUACGCCCGGAACGCCGCCCAUAUGACAAGUUGAAAAGAAAAAAAAACCCUCCGUAUGGGUCGCUGCCUCCUCUCUCUGAUGUAUCGCUAUGCUUGCUAGCAACGAAUGUAUGCCCGCUCCCUUUCUUCAGGGGACCAAACCCCUACUACCUGGUCACAGUGUACCAACCCAACCCGUUUUCGUUCCCAAAAGAGAAUGUUGACACAUGCCCAAGCCUAGCCUGA